GUGCAAGCAAGCAGCCAUCUUGAUGAGUGCCGACUGCACUGGAAGAGGGAAUGAGAAUAAUAUCGACUGGAAUCGUUAUAAGAAAACCUCCACAUUAAAACAAACAUUGUCGACGAAAAAGACUGCAUCUAAAGGAGGUCUUUGUAUUCAUUGAUUGGUUCUCAUUUUCGUCUAUGCUAUACUUGCGGUUCGCGCAAGGGAACAUUACAUUUAUACUCACCAAGCCAGCCAGAUAACGUAGCGAGCUCGCUUCACGGGAUUUGUAGCUGGUAUCGACUGGACUAUCUUUCAUCAUAUACGAAAUGUGGUUUCUGUUAUUCAAUAUUGUUUUGAUGGACACUAUUAUGUAAUUUUCAUGUUUUGAACAUCAAUAGUUCAAACGCGUUGAUUCCGCGAAUCUUUUGGUAGAAUGCAUGGCGAAGGUUUUCUUCAGUGUCAACUUUCCUUGGAUUGAUCGCGCGUGAUUUGGGAAAAUUGGAAUUCUGUUUGCAUGGCCCAAGUUACCUGGAACUGUUUGACAAGCAUUUCACUCGGCGAUUAUUGUGGUAUUACGCAAACUCGACACAUUGAAUCCGGACUAUAACUGGUGAGGAGCCAGUAAGCAACGUUGGCGCUCAUAAACCUAUGCAAAUCCGGGUAAUGUUAACCGUGUCUUGCUAAACGGUUAUCGUUGGUAGUGGGACAAUUGCAAGGAAGUUCCAUUUUGGGAUCUAGUGCGAUACGCUGUUUCUAAAAUGCGACAAUGAUGCUUUGUAUGUGGAAUGGAUACACCACCCAGCAAGUGCACUAUCCAGUAGCCUGGCGAGUUAUUCGUCUGUGUCAUCAGUUUUGUUGUUGCAGUGUCUAACUUUCUGCUAUAGUUUGUUUUUUGUACGUGGGAUUCAAGCCAUGCCACAUGCCACAAUAACACACCAAGGACUCUAACGCGAAUACUGUAAUGCAAUCGUUUUUGUGUCUCAUGCUGUUUCUGUUAUAGCAGCUAUUUGACCGAAUCCGUUAUCUCAUGCAUUUGCUAUAAAAAGGUACUCUGUUAGGUUGGACGAUAAUCCCUGGGAUUCGUGGCACCAGGAUUUAAUCGAAAUUAAGGAUUUGACAUUUGAUCGAAAAUGGGACCAGCAACGAAAUUGGCAUUCGGUGUCUUUCUCAUCUCAUGUUCCUCAGGGGCCAUACUGGGCCGGUCCGAGACGCAGGAGUGUGUACACUACAACUCCAACCCAAACCCCGCCGCCAUUCAGGAGAUCCGGGGCAAUCGCAGUGGCAUCGAGACGUGCGCCGGGGACAAGGACAAGCGGAGACACUGUUUUGCCACCUGGAGGAACGUGUCUGGAACGGUAGAGAUCGUCAAGCAGGGCUGUUGGCUGGAUGAUCACAACUGCUAUGACAGGACUGAAUGUGUGGAGAGGAAGGAAAGUCCCGUUGUGUUCUUCUGCUGCUGUGAGGGAAACAUGUGCAAUGAAAAGUUCUACUACACUCCCAACAAUACACAAGCUAUUCAGACAACGUCCAACCCGGUGACCCCGAAGCCUCCUCUCUUCUCCACCCUGAUGUACUCAUUGGUGCCCAUCAUGGGCCUCACUGCCAUUAUCCUGUUCUCCUUCUGGAUGUACCGCCAUCAUAAGCUGGCAUACCCGCCAGUCCUGGUGCCCACCCAGCACGCCUUUCAUAUAAUGAUAGAGGACCCGGGGCCCAUGCCUCCCUCCCCCAUCCUGGGACAGAAGCCAUUGCAGUUGAUUGAGAUCAAAGCCAGGGGGCGCUUUGGCUGCGUGUGGAAGGCUCAGCAGCUCAACGAUUACGUGGCUGUCAAAAUCUUCCCCAUCCAGGACAAGCAGUCUUGGCAGAAUGAGUAUGAGAUCUACAACCUGAGUGGUAUGAGGCACGAGAACCUUCUCCACUUCCUUGGGGCGGAGAAGAGGGGCACCAACAUGGACAUCGAGUUGUGGCUAAUCACAGCCUACCAUGAGAAGGGCUCGUUGACGGACUAUCUGAAGGCCAAUGUUUUGUCAUGGAAUGAACUGUGUCACAUAGCCCAAACCAUGGCUCGAGGCCUGGCCUACCUUCACGAAGACAUCCCUGGGCUGAAGGAUGGACACAAGCCGGCCAUUGCCCAUAGGGACAUCAAGAGUAAGAAUAUCCUUCUGAAGUCUAACCUGACGGCUUGCAUCGCUGACUUUGGCCUGGCCCUGAGGUUUGAGGCUGGGAAAUCAGCUGGGGACACGCAUGGACAGGUGGGCACCCGGAGAUACAUGGCCCCUGAGGUGCUGGAGGGGGCCAUCAAUUUCCAGCGAGACUCCUUCCUGAGGAUUGACAUGUACGCCCUGGGGCUGGUGCUCUGGGAGCUGGCGGCACGCUGCAAGGCUGCUGACGGUCCAGUGGAUGAGUACAUGUUGCCGUUCGAGGAGGAGGUUGGACAGCACCCGUCUCUGGAGGACAUGCAGGAGGUGGUGGUCCACAAAAAGCUCCGACCCACCCUCAGGGAGUGCUGGCAGAAACACGCAGGCUUGACCAUGCUGUGCGAGACCAUCGAGGAGUGCUGGGACCACGAGGCCGAGGCACGCCUGUCGGCGGGGUGCGUGGAGGAGCGCGUGGUGCAGAUGCAACGCCUCAACAAUGUCACGGCGCCAGAGGAGGUGGUUACCGUGGUCACCAUGGUGACGAACGUGGACUACCCGCCUAAAGAGUCCAGCCUAUGACUAGGCGUGUGAGUCAACGCAGGGACGGGGGAACCGACCUCAGAGACUCGCGUCCUCGAGCAGGGGGGUCAGGACUCGUUCCACGUCUGUCGCUGCGAUUGGACACAAGGUGGCGUCAAAAAUCACUCGGUGGGCCUGGGUUCAUGGAGAGUUAUCCAGUACUGGUUCCUAUUGCGUUUAGCUACAUGUGUGCCUAAAGACUUGCUCACGCUUGGCUCCUUUCAAAAUGGGAUGACCUGAUGGGAAAAUAAUCAGUCAUCUAGGUCCCUCGCUGGAGUGAAUCGAACCAUGACAAUGAACUUGGCUGAUAUUCAUCUUUUUCUAGUAAAAAUGAAAAAGAAAAAAAAGAAAAUGUACUUCCUGGACUGACUUUGGUUGUUUUUCUAAGAAAAGGUGGAACAGGUGAGAAGGAAAAUCCCAACACAAACACAGUUCAUUUCAUUUCAGUAUAAAAAAGGGCAACUUAGUUUUUAAACAUAUUAGCUGUUUGUGUUUCUAUGAAUGACUAUUGUAAUGCCAAUAAGAAACAGCUUCUGAAUGUCUGUGUAUCGCUGCUGUACAUAUAUCAACCGAGAGAGAAAAAGAAAACAGCGUAAUCAAGGUUAUUUAUCCUGACCUGCCUCACAGCAUUUCUACAGAAAUAACCAUCAACCUCUGGAGUCUCUCAACAAGGUAUACCUCAGUUUCACAUCCUAACAGAAAAUAUGUUUUCCUUCAUAACACUAGAACCACUACCAGGACAAUGACAUUCAGAUGACAUGUUUGGUAUUUAAGCUUUUUCAAAUUAUGUAGUAUGCCAACAACAAUGGCCAUUCACAAACCAGUGUUUCUGCCUUCUCAUUUUUCCCUGUUAGUGUAUUUUCUAUGUCGCCCCUGCAAUUCAAAUGUGACUGUGAGCUUUUGUUUUUGGUUUUACCAAAAUGUUUAGACCUUUUAAACGUUCGGAAGAAAAUCCCUUAAAAUAUGAAUACAUUAGAGAACAACUAUUUUAAAAGCACUACCCUUUUUAGGUUUGCAGUGUCCACAAAAUAUUUAAAAUGCAUGCCUUUUGUUUUUAGUUUAUAUUAUUAAACAAAUAUGCCUCUGUAAAAGUGUGACACUGGUGUCAGCUGUUUGAAACUCCCUUUUGAUUUUAAACUGAAAUGUCUACAAUCCACAGUAAUUGUAUUGCUCCUUCUCCCUGCCCUGUUUCUGAUAUUUUCCGUUUUUACUCUGCUAUUUUCACUGUAUUUCAAUAUGUCUCAGGAAGCAUACAUUACUAUAAGACCGCCUCCUCUAUGAUUUUUGGCUCUCAGACUCAUGUGCCAUUAUUUUGGAGAUGUAUACAUGAGGUCUUUAUAGCUGGCUUGAUUUUCAGGUGGAUGUCCAUAUUGAGGGGUUAUUCAGAUCAUGUUAAGUAUUAUACAUUGCUAAUGUAGCCAUCAUGAUGAAGUCUAUAUGUAUUCCCCCCUCAAUAUUGUAUUCCCCAUCAUUAACAGCCUGUCCACCACUUUGACUUCUUUAGACAAGUCAUAGAUUCAAACGGCCAAUUGCAGCUUUUAGAUUCUAGCUGGAAUAUGUUCUUAAUCCUGUUAUUAAUCCUGUUUUACAAACAAACUGGUGACUCAAUUGUGUGCUUCUCUCAUUCAGAAAGAAUAACCUAGUGCAUAUGGAGACAUUCAGGGAUAUAAUAACACUAUGAUUUUUCUUAGUUACUGUAUGCAAUCAAAGUUGGAAAGACAGUGGUUUCUUGCCAUGACACCAACUUUCACUUCACUGUAGCAUUUUUGUAAUCAGUGAAAUCAGCUGUUUUUAGUUGCUCUGUGACUACAAACCAGUGAAUCCUCUUUAGCAAGAACUGUCUGCCACCCAAUAGUGCAACAUUAUAAGUAAAUGGAUUUAAAGUGGUCGCAGCAUCUGUAGAACUGACUGCCUGUAGCUCAGAGGGUUUCUCAUUCUCUGACUGGCAAGCUACACUUGCUAUUCCUCUCUGACCUGAGCCAGUCUGUGAUUCAGGUGUGUAGACAUGGGAAGCAAGCAGAGCAAUUUCCUAAACUAGGGGAUGCAGAAUUGCCCUUCUGAUAUAUAAUGACUUUAUUAUCUGUAGCGAUAAUGCUAAAGAAGAAGGCUGUUUGUUUCCAUAUUUUGUUCCACAAGAUCUUUUUAAGGACAUUGCUGCUCUGCAAAUGCUGUCUCACUAAACAGAAUCUCUCCCGCUGGAUGUUGCUACAUUUCUUCUAUGGAAAAACAAGACUAUCGUACCUGUUUCUAUGACACAAUCAUCUUUCUAAGUAGGCAGAUAUUACAUUUAGCCUACAUAAUACCCCCUUAACAAAAGCCAAACCACUCUAUGAAUUUAGCAGAUGACUGGAUGGGAAAUGCACAGCAUGUACAUAUGAAUGUUGUUUUAGAUUGUGAUUUUAGCAUGAGGUUGUUUUAUGGUCUCCAUGCAAAAAAUACAAAAAAUCCUUUAUAAUGUUAAUAUUCCAAAAAAAGAUGUUAAUGUUUAUUUUAUAUGUAAUUGUAUUUUCAAAAUGGUUUUAUUAAUUUAUGUCGAGGCCCAGACGAUGCUAGCUUCUCUUUCAAAAGAAGAAGUAUUGUUUUACCUUCAUGCUAAUAAAUACUCCCUGGAUUGGCUCAUUCAUUACCUCAGACAGACCUUCUAGCUGUCACUCGAUGUUCACACAACAUUGAUCAGUGUUGAAUCAGAUGGCGUGACCAUAGACUCAUAUAAUUAACAAUGUUGUGGGAAUUCAACCUGAGAGUUUGAGCUCUAGGAUUUUUCUUUUCUUUAAGAAUUUUGUUUGGUGACAUGUUUUGUCAUCACGAAAUAGAAUAAGUGUCACUGUUAAUAUCUGAGAUUUGUGUUAACUGCCCAUCUUCUCACUAUAGGCAUAAAUGGCCAUCCAACUAUCAUUAUAAACAUGCCAUCUUUUCCUUUUUUUGCAAGUAUUUAACAAACAGUUUCAGGGCAUUGGUUGGAAGUGAUUGUUAAAUAUUGUACAGAAGAAAUUGUAUGCUAUUUCUCCCCCUACAAUAAAGUAUAGUGACUGCUCUGAA